ACGUAGGAUAUUCAUAGACGCAUAGUUUAACAAAUUCCUCGGAGGUGCCUUUCGAUUUUAUUAGGUUAUUUGCGUAAUUACUUCCGUAAAUGCACCAUAAUCAGAUUACUCUCUUUCACGCUGUGCCAUCCAAAGUAUGCAAAUCUGUGGCUCGGGUGCAUCUCAAUUCUCAACCAUCGGAUCUUGAAGAUUUGGAGCAUUAGAUCGAUUCCUCUUGCAAAGAAAUGCAAUCGAUUCGUGGCAGUACAAGGUUGCUUCAAAGGCAACGUUUCGCCAUCUCCAACACUCUUCGUCUCACUUCGUCUUCGUCAAGCUGGUCUGAAAAUGAAUCGAGAAGGCUAGGAUUUGAUUCUUUCCGCUCUACCAGAGAUUUUGAUUCAGCAGCGACGUAUCUCAUUAGUUCUUUCACAAAGGCGGUUUCUUCAUCUUCCCUAGUACCUAAACAAAACUUUACGUAUUCAUCGAGGUGCUUUUCCACCAUUGGAAAUUCCAUUCAAUCUACUCCUCAAGGAUCUUCCGAGUCAGCUCCUGAUGUGCCUCAGAGAAUCAAGUUCAAGCGGCUUGAUAAAACCGCCAAGCAUAUUAUGCAGAUUGUAGACAAGGAGGCAGUUGAGCAAGUGAGAACUCUCAGAGAGAUACCAGAUAUAAGGCCCGGUUACAUUGUGCAGCUUAAAGUGGAAGUGCCUGAGAACAAGAGGCGUGUUUCAAUCGUAAAAGGCAUUGUCAUAGCAAGGCGUAAUGCUGGUCUUAACUCUACGUUUAGGAUUAGAAGACUUGUGGCUGGAGUGGGCGUCGAAUCCAUGUUCCCCUUGUAUUCGCCAAACCUGAGGGAGAUUAAGGUGCUGGACAAGAAGAAAGUAAGAAGAGCGAAACUUUAUUACCUCAGGGACAAGAUGAAUGCUCUCAAGAAGCAUUAGCACCUUAAUAAUAAUAAACGCACUCUACACUGAUAAACAAAGUCGAGGGGUUUUUAGUGACGAUUUGGCUUAAGCCACAUAUUAUUAGACUGUGUAAUGUAAUGAUGGAUACCUUGAAACUAUUUUUUCUCCUACCUGUUCUAA